AUGCCAUUUUGCCGUUUGUGGGCAGUAGCUAUGGGUGUGAAACGAUAUGACAUACCAUUUACGUGUUGCCAACGCAUGAUCUACCAUAAAUUCUCGAUUCAUGCACCUAAGAAAAGAGCUUGGGAAGGGAAUCAUAUAGAGAAAAUAGCGACUGAGAGAAUGCCUGUAAUAGGCGGAGGAGGUGGCGGCGGCGGCGCAGGGCAAGAGGAGGAGAAGAAGCCCGGGGACCAGUCAGCUCACAUGAACCUCAAAGUCAAGGGCCAGCAUAGCUGCUGUGAGGAGGGAACAAAUGGCGCCGAAGGAAUAAAGGGUAUUGAUGCAGAGGAAGAGAAAUUAUGCAUCUUUAGAAAUUCGGAUCUGAUCUAUAUUGCUUACCAUGAUGAAGAACGGGGAGUUCCUGGCCAUGAUGAUAAAUUAUUGUUUGAGUAUUUGGUUCUAAGUGGUGCUCAAGUUGGUUCAGAUUGGACCCAAAUCGCGAACAAGCGCGAGAAUUUCAAGUGGGUUUUUGGUUUCCGGUGUGAAGUAAGAAUUCAAAGUGCAGGCCAAGUCCAUUUUGUGAUUGCAAGGACAGGGAAGGAAGUGAAUAAGAUCAUUGGUACCGAGAAAAACCAGCAACAAGAAGAUUGA